AUGAACCGCUUCAAGGCGUCCAAGUUCCGGCACACCGAGGCCCGGCUGCCCCGCAGGGAGGCCUGGAUCGGGGGUAUCCGAGCGGGCUCCGUCACGUCCUGUGGGAACCACGUGAAGGCCAGCUGCCGCUGGAUCGCGUUCAAUGCCGAGGCGGCAGGCGUGCUGGGCAUCGUGCCGCUGGAGUGCGAGGAUGGAGGCAAGAGGACCGUGUCUCAGCUCUGCUGCCACUCAGAUGUGGUGACGGACUUUGACUUCUCGCCUUUCGAUCAGCUCCUGCUGGCUACGGGCUCUGCUGAUGAGACGGUGAAGGUGUGGCGCCUGCCCGAGAGCGGCCAGGACAUGCCCGGCGGCGCAGGGCUGACCCUGGGGCCCGGGGGGGGCCCGGUGGACAUGCUGCAGUUCCACCCCACGGCAGACGGCGUGCUGGCCAGCGGCGCAGGGAAGCGAGUCACCGUCUGGGAUGUGGGGCGGCAGCAGCCGCUGACAGCCCUGGACUCCCACGGGGACCAGCUGCAGAGCCUGACCUGGAAGCGAGAUGGCUGCCUCCUCGGCACCUCCUGCAAGGACAAGAAACUGCGGAUCUUUGACCCCCGAGCCAGCCCGGCCGCCUCCCAGGGCCGGGUUAUUUGGAAAGGUUCCUUCUCCUCUGGGCCAGCGCGGUUACAAAACCGGGUGACGCUGGGGCCGCCGUGCAGUGCCAGCACCUCGCGAGCUCCCGGCUUUGAAGUCACCUGUUUUUUUGCAGCAGUGAGCGAGGGAUUUGCUCCUGAGGGCAGUGGCUGCGUGUGUUCAGGGACCUCCUUGCCCCCGGACCGAUUGUAUGGCACGGGGACAGGUCCUUACGGGCCCAUCACCAGCCUCCUUGAGCCCCUUAGCAAACUGCGGGACUCAAAGAGCGCGGAUGGGGACUGUAAUGGGGAGAUCACUUCCAAGCCGAUGGUGCUAUUCCUGGGACCGUGGAGCGUCGGCAAAUCCUCCAUGAUAAACUACCUCCUCGGGCUGGACGACACUCCCUACCAGCUCUACACAGGGGCAGAACCCACCACCUCCGAAUUCACUGUCAUCAUGCACGGGCCCAAGCUGAAGACCAUCGAGGGCAUCGUGAUGGCUGCUGACAGCGCCCGCUCCUUCUCGCCCCUGGAGAAGUUUGGGCAGAACUUCUUGGAGAAGCUGAUAGGGAUCGAGGUGCCCCACAAACUGCUGGAGCGAGUCACCUUCGUGGACACGCCGGGCAUCAUUGAAAACCGCAAGCAGCAAGAACGAGGUUACCCGUUCAAUGACGUGUGCCAGUGGUUCAUUGACAGAGCUGAUCUCAUCUUCGUUGUCUUUGACCCUACGAAGCUGGACGUGGGCUUGGAGCUGGAGAUGCUGUUUCGCCAGCUGAAGGGCCGCGAGUCUCAGAUCCGAAUCAUCUUGAACAAAGCCGACAGCCUGGCUACCCAGGAGCUCAUGAGAGUCUACGGUGCCUUAUUCUGGAGCCUGGCUCCUCUCAUCAACGUCACGGAGCCACCCAGGGUGUACGUUAGCUCCUUCUGGCCCCAGGAGUACCAUCCGGAUACCCACAAAGACCUGUUCCUCAAAGAAGAGAUAUCGCUCCUGGAAGAUCUCAACCAGGUGAUUGAGAACAGGAUGGAAAAUAAGAUCGCCUUCAUACGCCAGCAUGCCAUCCGGGUGCGCAUCCACGCCCUUUUGGUCGAUCGCUAUCUACAGACCUACAAGGACAAAAUGACCUUCUUUAGCGAUGGAGAACUGGUGUUCAGGGACAUUGUGGAAGAUCCUGACAAGUUCUUUAUCUUUAAGUCCAUUCUGGCAAAGACCAAUGUCAGCAAAUUUGACCUCCCCAACCGCGAGGCUUACAAGGACUUCUUUGGCAUCAACCCCAUCACCAGUUUUAAGCUGCUGUCUCAGCAGUGUUCCUACAUGGGAGGGUGUUUCCUAGAGAAGAUCGAGAAGGCCAUCACUCGGGAGCUUCCCGAUCUCUUGGGAAGCAUCGGCUUGGGGAAGAAGCCCAGCGUUCUUUCCUGCGACAUCACUGGCUGUGGCGAAACCCCAAAGAAUCGCUACAGGAAACCCUAAGGUGUUCUGUAAUAUAACCAUCCACGUGUUCCUACCAGUGAAUGAGCUUAUGUCUUAUCUGUCCAAGAAGCCGUGGUUUGUUAACCCUUUGAGUGCCGCACUGGCAAAGGCGAUGCCUGUACGAUGAGGACUUUGGGUCAUUGACAUCGAUGGCAGGGGAAGAUGGGUGGGCAUAAGAAAGAGAAUAAAAACUGUGAAUUCCUGA